UGGAGCAGUUCAGUCUUCCCGCGGAGCCUGACGAGGGAACACGUACACGCCGGCCUCCUCGAGCCCUCAGCACUCGGUCCGCCCCUCUCGCUCGCCACCCACACGCCCCUGACACACCAAACGCCCGUACGCCCGUGGUGUGUUGGAGGGUAAGGUGACAAUGUAAUGUCAGAAAUGGUUACUGAGAUGAUACUGGCAAAACUGAUAUGCUUUGGACACUGAAAACCAACACAUAGCUAUACUGAUGCUUAUCCCAAAAAGAGGGGGAGACUCUAAGGCCAAAUAAAAACCCCGAAGUGUGAAAACAAAAUAUUAAAAAAAAAAAAAAAAUUGUUUGCGCUACAUCCACCCAUCAUCUAUCGCAGGAAAGAGUAGAUAUUCCACCAAAAAAAAAAGAGAGUUUAAUAACAUAAAAGAGCCCAGAAUAUAACUUCCCAACUAUCCUAAGGAACACACGUAAAAGGACCGACCUUAAGGACCCCCAACAGGAGGCGGCGACGGUUGUAGGAGCGAUGUAAGCAGAACAGCGUCAUCACCAUGGCAACCGCACUCUUCACCCUCCCCGCCCUGCCCCACCCCCACGCCCACCCCCACGCCCACCCCCACGCCCACCACCACCACCACCACGACGAGGAUCACGCCCACGCCCACCCCCACCUCCACCACGACGACCCGACGGCUCCCGAAGUGCCUCACGCCCUCCCCGUCCCCGCCGUGGUCGAGGAGGACGCCCCCGCCCACCACGAGAGCCACACGCCCCUCCACACUGGCAGCCAUGGCGCCCACACCGCCCCCGAGGCCGCCCACGACGAGGACACGACCAGCCUUGGCACGGGCGUGGAUCUGGGCACGCUCACCGGCCGCAGGAUCACGCUCAAGCCGCGGAGGACGCUCUCGCUCUCGCCCACGCCAGCGCGCACGGGUGACAUGUCCAUGGGGCGCAACCUCAGAGCCGCCCGCUGCCUGGACUUCACGGACAAGGACGACGACGACGGACUCUACCAGCCUUCGGACUCGGAGUCGGAGCCGCCCGCUAAGAAGAAGGG